UUGAUGUCCAUGUCAGCACAGAGGUAACAUAGAUGUAGCAGGUAAAUAAUACAUUAGUAUGAGGUUCUGCUCUCAGUAUAAUAGCAAGCGCUGACAUGUACUUGCAAGAAAUGAAGAAGCCAGUGGUAGCUGUCACAGCACAGGACAGAAUGAGCCAUGUAAAUUUGUCCUUCUCUGCCUGUGGAUUUCUUGGGAUAUACCACUUGGGGGCAGCAUCAGCACUUCUAAGGCAUGGCCAGAGACUGCUCAGAACAGUUAAAAUCUUUGCUGGAGCCUCUGCAGGAUCUCUGGCUGCUGCGGUUCUUUUAACAGCCCCAGAUAAACUAAAGGAAAGCAAGGAUUUCCUCUACUCGUUUUCUGAGGAUGUUAGAAAGCAAACCCUUGGGGCGGUUACGCCAAGAUACAACUUCAUGGAAUAUUUAAGGGGAGGCAUAGAAUCGAUUCUUCCAUUUAAAGCUCAUGAGAUAGCUGAGAGUCGUCUGUGCAUAUCAAUCACAAAUACCAAAAGCAGAGAAAAUCUACUGGUUUCAAAAUUUGCCUCCAGAGAGGAACUCAUUAAGGUACUCUUGGCAAGUUGUUUUAUUCCUGUGUAUGCUGGAAUCAAAGCUGUGGAAUAUAAAGGAGAGAAAUGGUUUGAUGGAGGUUUUACAAACAGUCUUCCCAUUUUGCCCAUUGGACGCACUAUAACAGUGUCACCUUUUUGUGGUCGACACAAUAUUUGCCCUGAAGAUAUAGGACAUGUGGACUUAUAUCUUAAAGUAGCGAAGCAGGACAUAUUGCUAUCAACAGCCAAUCUUGAAAGACUUAAUCAAGCAUUGUUCCCACCAAGUCAAGAACAAAUGGAGUCAAUUUUUCAAGAUGGAUUUGAAGACGCAGUGAAAUUUCUACAAACAGAAAACUGGUUUGAAUAGAGUAAACCGUUUCCGAUCACUGAUAAUUUUAGCAACAUAUUUGAUUAUGAAGAGAUGAUGUGACACAUUUUCUUGAUGUAUUUGUUUAGAGAACCAUUAAUCAACCAAAAAUACAUUAACUGCAAGUAAUGUCUUAACCAACAUUCUUUAUCUUGUUGAUGUCUCAGAUUGAUGAAGGAAUCUGCUAAAGAACUGUGAAGGAGUAACUGAAGGCCGUGUCUAAUGAGAAAUAAAUUUCCACUGUACACAGAUAUAA